GUAGCAUUUGUAUUUUGAAUCAUGUGAUAUGUGUUAGGAUUUUGCAUCGUUGUUGGUUUAAGGUUUAAUAGCUAAUAGUUUUGCUAUAUUAACUACGUCCUCUGCUGUUAAUUAGCUUAGCAUUUGGAGAGCAGUUGGUUAAGCUAACUAGCAGCCCCAAAGGGGAGGGGAUAAAAGGUAAAGGGACUCUGACAGGAGAGCUCAAAAUAAUGGACAAGAUAGCUAAAGAUGUGGGUGAUAUCCAGUCACGACUGCUGGACCACAGACCGGUCAUCAAUGCAGAGAUCCGCUACUUUAUGAGAGAGUUUGAGGAAAAGCGGGGGUACAGGGAGAGCCGUCUGCUGGAGAACAUCAAUAAAAGUGUGCUGGAAACGAACGAGCAAAUGCCGCCAGCAAAUUUCGAGGACAUGAAACAUCAGCUGUCUGACAUCAAUAAACGGUUGGACGCUGCUAAUCACAUGGCAGAGAGAGUCCAGCAGAGGGAGCUAGAGGCCCAACAGGGCACCCAGCUGAAGGCGAACAUGGAGCAGCUGAAAGAAGACUGGGCCGAGUUCCUGAAGGAGCAGCAGAGAUUAAAGGAGGAGGUGGAUGAAGAGCACGCACGGGCUGUAGGACAACUCAGCACUAAAUACAACGAAAAGAAGAAGGAGCUGGCCAAGUUUACCCUCUGAUCUGCUGAUGUUCGCGUGAGGAUGCGAGUGCACAAUGUGCCCUCUCUUAUUCAGUGAAUACAGUCGGUCCUGCACGCCUGUGUUACACAUACUAAACAAAACUACUGACUUUGCUCUGUGUACUUGAUGGCUGGAAGCAAAAGAGCAUUAAAUUCAGCAAGUUCCAAAUCGUGAAAUAUGAAAGUGUGAUUAACAACUUGUUGUUUUCACAGGCCCUCAAACUCAAGCACAUGGAAUAUGUACAGCAUGUAAAAAAAGAAAAGAAAAAGCCUGGAAUAUGUCGUUUUUAAACAAGCAGUCAUUUGAUUGUUCGUUGGCUGUGAAAUUUUCAACAUUUUAAGGUUUUUAAUGGAUGUCUGCCUGAAGGGUCCUGAUGGUAAAUUAACAUCGUGUUGAAAGCAGCCUUGAGUUUGGCACCACGGGGAGAUGUUCCGAGCACUUAAAGCGAGGUCGUUAAACGCUCGAGAAGCCCUUGUGGGCAGGUGUGCGUGAAGAAGAAACCGUCUCUCACCACCUCUGCUGUGUUUGGAACAUGUGACCUCUCACUUUAGCUACAAGUCAACAAACUGUCACGAUAAAAGUUUUUUGCUGAAACCGAUAUGCAGCAGCAGCUUAUGUUGUUUCUUUUUCUUUCUCCUGCCACCUCAAAUCGAAUAUUCUUAUGUGAAAACAAAGAAAUUCUAAAUCAAAUCUGGAUUUUCUGGCUUUAAUCUCCCUGUAGCCCUGUAUGGUCGUCAGGCUUUGUGUGUAGUGUUCCUAACAAGUGUAAAUUUGAGCCUAUGAGCACAAUAGCAUGUAAAUGUAGUGAUAUUAACUGGAAAAGAACUAAAAUACUUUGUUGGUCUUGACCGUGACCAACAUGCUCUGCUUUUAAUGAAGUGUUUUGUUUUCUCACACGGUGGCACACUUUGGGACAGGUGAAUGGAUGGGUGGGUGGCACAUUCUUGGCUUGGCUGAGAACAGAGUUCAUCUCAAAGAACGUAGCAGGAGAAAUAUUUAACAGAACCUCCCCUCAAACGCCUGCACUCCCUUCAAACUGCACACACACCGGACGUCUGAAUAGCCGUGUCUAAUGAUCCCACGAGGAAGCGCGCUUGGACAACAGGUCACUCAUCGACUGCAGCAACGCAGCGUUUUUGUAGGAACUUUUAAAAGCCGAGACCUUCCUCAGACUAGUGACAUUCUGGCAUUGGGCUGGCAGAGAGCCUUCCCCACUGCUCUUGUGCAAGGACCCUCUCUGUGCUUUCUGCCCAAGUCUGUGCAAGUCAGAGCAGGGCACUGUGGUUGGCACGUCACGAUAGAUCGCAGAGGGCACAGACGUCCCAGAUGUUUGAGCAAAAGGCCAGCGCUGCUCUGUUCUGUGCAUGUCUGCAUGCCAACAUAUGCUUUCCCUCUGCCCCAGUACUGCAGCUGUCCAACGUGGAGACAAGCCAUCAUCAGCUGACAAGGAGUGACAGUACGGGAACAUGGCCGACCUCUGCCAGCGAGCUACCUUUUCACUGAGGUGUUUAUGAUCAUGAACUUACAGCCUCGGUAUUUACACCUGCUGUAAUGAGUUUUAAUCAUUGUUGUGUAAUGCCAGGUUAAAAAAUAAACUUAAUUCAACAAAA